AUGCCUUACUUGAGCGCAAUGACCUCGUUACUGGGCUUUGGCGCGCUUGGGAGCUUCUUCAAUCCCAUGAGCUUGGAGUCUAUCCCACUUCACCACGAUCGCUGCGAUAUCAACACCAGAUUGUCUCCUCUCCUGUCAGAGGCAGCAUCAAUCGUCCUGCCAGAUGAUGAUGCGUUCGCAUCCUCUCUGGUAAGAGCCAGCUCACCAAGGGUAUGUCCUUCAUUUUCGGUGAUUGUCAAGCCGGCCACACAGGCAGAUGUUCAGCAUACGGUAAGAUUUGCCAACGAGUGUGAGCUACCCUUUCUCGUCGUCGCUGGUGGCCACGGCUGGCAAUCAACACUCAACAACGCUGGCGGUGUGCAAAUCGACAUGCAGAAUAUGCAGCAGGCGCGCUUGAGCGACGCUGGCGACACGGUGCAUGUCGGUGGUGGUAUCAAGCAAAAGCAACUCGUGGAUUUCUUGUCCCUUUCAGGCAAACAAGCGGCCACGGGUCUUUGCCAGUGCACUUCCGUUAUUGGCCCUUUGCUCGGUGGAGGACAUAGUGCGCUCCAAGGCUUCCACGGUUUCAUCUCUGAUGGCCUAGUUUCUGCUGAGGUCGUGCUGGCCAAUGGUACUGCGGUGACUACUUCGAUCUCGCAACACCCUGACCUCUUCUGGGCUCUUCGUGGAGCAGGCCACAAUUUUGGUAUCGUGACCAGCUUCGAAUUAAAAGUGUAUGAUCUCCCCAAGAAGAACUGGACGAUAGUGUCCAUGGUUUACACACAGGAGAAACUGGAAAGCUUCAUCGAUGCCCUCAAUGAAGUCGAUGCUGGCAGCGACCACGCUCCAGAACUGGUCCUUUCCGGUGCCAUUACCCGUGUCCCAAGUGUUGAUAGUGGUAGUCCGGUCAUAGCAUACCAGAUAUCGUAUCUAGGCACCCCAGAAGAGGCAGAACCGUACGUCCAACAUUUCCGGAAAGCAGGCCCGUUAUCAGUGACUACUGCAACAGAUGUGGAGUACAAGGACUACUCCAUCGCAACGAACAGCGGGUUGGAUCARCCUCCCUGUCGCAAAGACAUGAACAUUGGAACACACGCAAUUUCUCUUCCGUCAUACAACAAGACCGCCAUGAGGGUCGCCUUCCGAUAUUUCRGCGAGCUCACGGCAGAUCCACGUUACGAUUCGUCCRCCUGGCUGCUUGAGAGCUAUGGUUCCCGUGGCGUGUGGAAUCAAGACUAUGAAGAUUCUGCUGUGCCUUCCGAAGAACGAAAUUUGCCUGUGCUCACCGGAGCAAUCAUCUGGUGGGCUGGAAGUAGCCCCGGAGCCCAGGAGAAGGCUGAGAAAUGUGGCCGUUUGAUGCGCGCCGCACUGGCGGAUGGAGCUUUUGAGGAUCCCAGGCUUCCCCACGUUUAUCUGAACUAUGCCGCUGGCAGCGAAACUCUGAAGCAGGUGUAUGGAGGCGAGAGGAUGGAAAGGUUGAGGGCAUUGAAGAAAAUAUAUGAUCCGUCGAAUAGGUUCCGGUUCUACAUGCCUAUUGCAUAG